AUGGCCGACUCGGGGAAGAAUGAGAAACCCAAGCGGGCAAAAUCACGAUCAGCGGGAAACCAUGGAACUGGACCAGUUAUAACGGAUCCACGAUUCGCCAACAUCCAAUCCGAUCCCCGAUACAGGCUGCCCAGCAAGAGACAUACUCAUGUCAAAUUGGAUAAGCGAUUCGCGCACAUGCUGCGCGAUGAAGACUUUUCGAAAAAUGCCGCUGUCGACCGGUACGGUAGGAAGUUACGGAGGGAUGAUACGAAAAAGCAGCUGGAGAGAUUCUACAGACUUGAUGAGGACGGGGAGGAUGAAGGCAAAGAAGAGCAGGAAGAAGACGCGGAAAAAGAAGAAGAAAAUGAAAACGAUGAUAAUAUGAGUGUGGACGAUGAUGCGGUGGUAGAAAAGGAACUGCGCAAGGCAGACAAACGGGGCUACGAUCCCGCAAGAGAUGGAGGAUUCUCCGAGUCCUCUUCGGAUGAGAGCUCGAGUGAGGAAGAGGAUGAGUAUGUUGAGGAGGACGUGGAGGAAAUACAGUUUCCCAAUCAACAGCAAAGCGAUGUACCACUUGGUGAUGUCAGUCGGCGGAUUGCGGUCGUUAAUCUGGAUUGGGAUAAUAUUCGCGCGCAAGAUUUAAUGGCCGUCUUUUCGAGCUUUUUACCACCUGGAGGGAGUAUCCACAAGGUUUCGAUAUAUCCUAGUGAAUUUGGGCGGGAGAGGAUGGAGAGGGAGGAAAUGGAGGGGCCACCGAAGGAAAUUUUUGCUUCAAAGAAGAAGAAGGAUGAAGAAAGCGAUCUAGAGGAUAGUGAUCUUGAGAGUGAAGAGGAGGAUGAGGAAGAGGAGGAAGAGAAAAUCAAACAAUCUAUCAUUAAGGAAGAUCAGGGGGACGAGUUUGAUUCCGCACAUCUACGCAAGUACCAGCUUGAAAGGCUCCGGUACUUCUACGCCAUUUUGAUCUGCUCGUCUGAAGCAGUUGCCAAACACAUCUAUGACGCUGUAGACGGGACUGAGUAUAUGAGCAGCGCAAACUUUUUCGAUCUGAGAUUCGUCCCUGACGAAACAGAUUUCUCAAAUGAUACCCCAAGAGACGAAUGCGACAGGAUUCCCGACGGAUACAAGCCUAGCGACUUUGUUACUGAUGCCUUGCAGCAUAGUAAAGUCAAGCUUACGUGGGACGCGGAUGAUACGAGUCGGAAGGAAGCACAAGCAAGAGCGUUCAAAGGUGGUAGGAAAGAGAUUGACGAGAAUGACCUCAAAGCAUACUUGGGCAGCGAUAGCUCUGAUGACGGGGGUGAUGAGAAUGGCGGAGUGGAAGUUGUCGAUGCUACAGCGGGAGACGGCGCCAUUGUGACCACCGCCCCCGUUAAACUAAGCAAAAAGGAGGCUGCGCGAGAGAAGAUGCGAGCUUUGCUUGGCUUCAAUAAGGAUAAGUCUACAACUGAAUCUAGGAGUAAAGGGCCGGUCGGCGAUAUGGAAAUAACGUUCUCGGCGGGCCUUUCUACAGGAGCAUCUGGUGGGAACGUAUUUGAGAACGAACCAGAAAAGGAAGAGACGACAGCAGAAAAAUAUAUACGGAAAGAGAGGGAACGGAAAGCGAGACGAAAAGCUAGAAUGAAGGCCGCUAGAAAUGGUGAACCACUGCUCGUGGAUGGCGAAGCCGAAGACAAGGCUCCUGAAGACUCGAAGGGUGAAAAGGAAGACUUGGGCUUCGAUGAUCCGUUCUUCACUGCUCCUGAGCAGGACGCAGCAGCUGCAACGGCGAGACGCAGAGAGGAAAGACGAAAGAAACGCGAAGAGCGGGAAGCAGAUGAAGCCGCCACCGCUGCGAAGCGCGCUGAACUGGAGCUACUCAUGGUCGACGACAAGACUUCGCAUGUUAAACAUUUUGAUAUGAAAGAUAUUGAGAAAGCAGAGAAACGAGCACGGAAAGCAGGAAAGAAGAAGGGAAAGAAGAGUGACACUGUUGAACCACCCCCGGAUAAUUUCAAGGUGGACGUCAAGGAUGAGCGAUUCCAACGGCUUUGGGAGAAUCAUGAGUUUGCCAUUGAUCCUUCGAAUCCGCGGUUCAAGGCAACUGAGGGCAUGAAGGCGUUAUUGGAGGAGGGGCGGAAAAGGCGACGGAAUAAGGAUGAUGAUAUUGUUGCGGAUCGGGGACUGCCUGAGCCCGGGAAGAAGAGAAGGAAAGGCACUGAUUCUAGGAAUGUUGAGAGUGUAGCUGACGCCGAUGAUUUGAACAAACUGGUGGAGAGGGUGAAGGGGAAGACUAGAGGGAUUAAGUCAUAG